UGGACCGGGAGGUGGCCGCCGGCUUCAGUGAGUUGGCCAUGGCAGCUCGGACUGGUCAAAGAGCCCUGCGCAGGGUGGUCGCGGGAUGUCCUCCGAAGUCGGCGGCAUCAGGUGGAGCUCCGGUGCCGGCGCAGCGUCCUGCGCGGAACGUCAGAUAUUUAGCUUCCUGUGGUAUAUUGAUGAGCAGAACUCUCCCACUACAUACCUCAGCUGUGCCUAAGGAGAUCCAUGCAAGAACUUUCAUCAGAAUUACGGCACCUUUAAUCAACAAGAGAAAAGAGUAUUCUGAGAGGAGAAUAAUAGGGUAUUCUAUGCAGGAAAUGUAUGAUGUAGUAUCAAGAGUUGAACAUUACAAGCAUUUUGUUCCUUGGUGCAAAAAGUCAAUUAUCAUAUCAAAGAGAUCUGGAUAUUGUAAAGCACAGUUAGAAAUUGGGUUUCCACCUGUGCUGGAGCGAUAUACAUCGGUAGUCACCUUGGUGAAACCACACUUGGUGAAGGCAUCCUGUACAGAUGGGAAACUUUUUAAGCAUUUGGAGACUAUUUGGCGUUUUAGCCCAGGUCUUCCUGGCUACCCAAGAACUUGUACCUUGGAUUUUUCAAUUUCAUUUGAAUUUCGCUCACUUCUACACUCUCAGCUUGCCACGCUCUUUUUCGAUGAAGUUGUCAAGCAGAUGGUAGCUGCGUUUGAAAGGAGAGCAUGUAAGCUCUAUGGUCCAGAAACCAGUAUACCUCGGGAACUAAUGCUUCACGAAGUUCAUCACACGUAAAAGGAACAGAACUGGUGCUAUUUAUAACUUGUUAACUUUUGGAAGUGCUUUCAUCAUAUGCUUUCAGAAGUCAGAAAGCUUGUGUUAAAUCCAACCUUGAUUAUAAACCUGCACUAUUGAAAUUUUGCACAGAAUAUAGGACAACGUGCACAUAGAAUUAUUUCUUCAAUCAAGUAUAAUUCCAAGUAUUAUGUACAUUAGCAUGUUCUCCAUUUACAAUACACAGAUGUCAGCACUCUUUCUGGAAUACUGACAUCACUUGUCUGAGCAGGCAAUGAACUGCAAACUGAAGCCUUUUAAUGAUCACCUACCUUCAAGUUAGGUGAAAUACUCAUGCCAAAUGGCUUACAUUAACCAUUAACACACUUAAGUUAUUAAAUUCAGAGUAUUUGUAACUUAUUAUGGAACCUGUGUUAUGGUGGCCUUAGGAUAUUUGAAUAAUCAACAGAUAUUUAAAGUAAAAUUUCAACUGAAAAAGUUAAUGAAGGUUACUGAACACUGGGUAUUUUUACGUUGGUCUUAGGGGAGGCAGCAAACAGCUCUAGUGAGGUUAGUGCCUGGAGUACUUUUCUUGGUAAGGGCCCAUUUAAGCUACUUUUUCAGUAGUGUGCAGCCCUCUCAAGUCCUUUGGCUGCUCUACCAACAAUACUUCAAAUAGUUGUCUCCAGUACUGUUGCUAAUUUACUAUUUAUUGUGUACUCACUUUCAAUAAUGUAUUCCACUUUUUUUUUAGACAAAUCAGUGUAAGGACUGACAAUAACUUAAUAAAGCUAAUUUGUUUA